AUGGCCGAAGUUGAUCACGUGAUUGCUAAAGAUGAAGACUCAAAGUCUGGAUCUCGCAUUUUAUCCAAGGGAGAGGCAGAGAAUAUAUUUCGAGAAGCUUCAAGUCUGGUUCACCAUCUUCUUUUGUCUGCUGUCAUCAAUAUCGAAGUGGGUGUGUUGGUGGUUACUGUUUGUUCCCUCUGUCCAACGUCGAUCCUCAUCUUCCCUCUGUCCAUCGCGUCUCCUCAUCUGUUGUUCGUCUGCUGUGAUAGUUGCUGUAAGAUCUCCUACGAGCAGCAACGUUGCCCUGUUCCUGGAUGGUCUGGUGACGUCGCCGUUUUGGUGGCCAUGGGAUGCUCCACUCUUUCCUUUUCUUCUCAUGCUUCACGCAAUUUCUUCUCCUUCCUGCUCGCUCUCCAUCUCUGUUUGUCUUCCUCGGUAGCUGCUUUAUCUUCAGUGUUCACGUUCGGGUUACGGAUGGGUGAGAAAUACAGUUGCCGGAGCCAUUGGCAGUGCUGUCACGAGCUUCGACUGGUGCUGUUGAUCCGGUUUCUUUCCUUUAUUGGAAGUUGCAUUCAGUUUUGCCUCUCCCCUGCUCAACCAUCUAAAUCAUCUCCUUCUCAUUGCUCUGUGCCAUGGAGAUCUAAGACAGAAAAUCAAAAGUGGGAUAAGAGAAAUCGCGAGGAGGCAAUGGGGAACGAUCGGUGGCUGCUAGGGCACGACCCCUGGACCAGUUUGGAAGCAAUUGGAAUGAGAUUUAUCCUUGGGAUCUGGUACUAGUAGUACAAAUGUGAAAGAUGAUGGCUGAGUUGAUAUUUCUUACUAAAGCCUUUUGUAAGAGUUAUUGUAAUGAAUUUGUGGAUUAGUAGUUGUGAUCAACAUAUAAGUUGCCAUAGAAAAUAUAUUGUAAUGUAUAAACUUGUGAUGGCAUAUAAUGCAUGAUUUUAGAAUUUUAGCCCAUGGUGAAUGUUUGUGUGCGUGUGUGUAAUGUAAAUGACAAUGUGGGUUAGACAAUGAUUGUUUGAGAAAAUGUGAUGAUGAACAUGUGAUUGAGUAUAUGAAAUUUGGCCUUUUAUGAGAAUGAGAUUGAGAAAUAUGAAAUAUGCCCAAAGUGUGUGAAAGGUAGUUUACAAACCAAAUGUGUGUAUGCGUGUGAUAUUGUGUAUAUAAUUGCUCAAUUAGGUGUUGUUUGUCCAUUUAGAUAUGGUCAAGGCCCUAGAAGUAGCCAAUGACAUAUGGU